AGGGCCAGGAAGUGCUCUAGCACUUCUGCGAGACGUUAGCACUCGCUCAUCUAGCAGGGUCACCACUUUCAGCUCGUUCCCCUCGUCGAAGGCAAAUGGCAAGCAAAGGGAGGUGGAAGAGGAAGACAUCGUGACGCUAGGACCAAGACUUAGAGGCAAAUGUCGAGCGCACCUACUUUGUCUUCACCACAGCCGGCAAGCCGGUCUACAUCAGUCGCCGACUUACGCUGCCUGGAGGCCUUCUCGAUGGCAAAGGACAACGAAGAAGAGCCAACACUUUCGAGCGUGAAAGAGAGGCCGGAAUGCAAGACGAAGAAGAGGAGUCGGCAACAACUCGUAUAGGUGUCAUGACUGCCCUGAUCUCCAUCUUCACGGACGAAGGCGGUGAUCGGCUGCGAGAAAUCGUCUCGGAUCUGGGUCGAAUCACCUUUCUGCAGCGCUCGCCGUUGCUCUUUGCUGGCGUUACCAAAAGUCGAAAGCCAGAGCCGAGCUUCGUCAUGCGAUCGCAUUUGGACCUCUUGCACAACCAGGUGCUGGGGCUCUUAUCGACAGGCCAGCUAAAUGCAAUGUUCAAACGCAAGGCUAGCGUCGAUCUCCGAAGGCUUCUUGAGGGAACGGACCCCAUCCUCACGGCUUUGCUCGAAAGGGCACAGUGGGACCGCUCGCUCACCAUGAGUGCGCUUCAGCCGUGUCGACUUCCCCUCACUCUUCGGGAUGAGCUCUCUCAACUGCUAGAUCCAGGCAGGCUACCGGAAGGGCGUCGGCCUCCUGAUCUUCUCUACGUUCUCCUGCUCUCCGGCUCAGAUAUUGUCACAUUGCUGAGGCCUCGAAAGCAUAGCGUCCAUCCGAUCGAUAUGCAGCUCCUCAUCAACACUGUCCAAGGAACACCCGCUUUACGGGAAGCGGGCAGCGAGAGUUGGCUGCCACUCUCGUUGCCAAAGUUUGCACCCCAAGGCUUCGUCCACGUCUAUGCCAGCGUUCUCGAUCUCAAAGGGUCUCACUCGGGCCAAUCCGAGUAUGUCAAUUCGCAAGCAGCCCUCGAUGCGGCACCGGAAACUCUGACUCUUUGCUUCGUCACUGGAAACCGUGAAGCCUUUCCCUUGCUUCGGCAGUGGCGUUCCGAGUUCUUCAAUCGUAUCAGCAAAGCAUCUUUUGCAGAUCGUUUGAUACCCGCCUUGUUUGGGUCACGAUACCUAGCAGAGCAGGUCGGCGUCACCGGCGUCCGGCAUUUUUUCUACAAAUCUCGCAUCAAUACGCAAAUCACUAGUCCAAUCCUAGAUAGCACAUACGCAAAAGGCACCAAAGACUUGCAUCGACUGCUAGGCCUCUACGACCACGCAUUCCAGGCAAUUCACGGCAUCGGCCAUGUCUCGCGCUCUUCGCAGGUUGAGCAGGCGGUGGGCUUGACGUUGGCUCCGCCGCCUCUCAAAAUGCACUACAUUAAGACGACACAGGAAGCUGUCCUGGCUUGGAUCACGCAGCCUUUCGAGCUGUAUCUUACCGUUAGUCCCUGGCUGCCCAAGUCUGCCGUCAUUGCCGCUGCGAACGCGGUUGCCAAAUGGGUCAAAAAGCAAGAAAACAGCCUUUUCCUGCUCUCGCCUCCUGUAUUCUAGGCGCUUUCGCGGCUGAGCAUGUAACUUGUGUUGCACAUGCCCUGUUGACGUGGCAGCGCAAAGAUGCUUUCAAUGCC